AUUCUCCGACUCCAGUUACCCCAACUCCGAUCCGGACUCACCCCUCAUGCAAGUCCGAUUCUUGCACUACCGUUCCCAAAAUCGAUCCCGAUUCUCCCUUCUCCUCUACUUAAGCCAGAGCUCAAUCAGCAGAAGGCAGAGAUCGAUACACAUUUUUUUUUACAUACAAUGGGAGAUGGGGAACCAAUGGAUGCACGGAGGAUCACCCCUCUCUGCGUCCGCCUGCUCACGGCCGGCCACCCUCCCAACCAGCAGGCUUCCCCAACUUGCUGGAUCCUGCUCGACCUGCACGCCUACGUCGCCGACCGGGAGAACGCCACUUCCGCGUGGGGCACGAUGAGCAACGGCAAGGCGAUCCGGGUCACCUUCUGCACCGCGCCCCCUCCGCUCGUCUCCUACAUCUGCGUCUGGAGCCCCGAUGCCGAGAUCGGCCUGGAGCCGACCGUCGAGGCCGCGGAGUCCGACCUCAUCCUCAUCUGCGUCUUUCUUCGCGAUAGCCGCGACAAGGACGACUGCUUCGUCUACAAGGCCGCCGGCAGCAGGGGGCCCUCGCUGCGGCUGCUCCAGGACCCCGAGCCCUGCUGGCCCGAGCGCUACAACUACACCCUCCUCGCCCACCGCGACAUCGGCUACCCACACGCCGCGGCGGAGGGCGACGACCACUACUGCAUCGCCGCGCUGAAUGGGUUCAGGCGCAGCGGCCCUGGGGACUUCAAGCUCUGGCUCUUCAACUCCAUGGACGGGGAGUGGAGCACCAUGCCUGUUUCGGUGGGCGAUAUCUUCUGCCACAUCACCUCCAAAACGAUCGCGCUCGGAGGGGGUGGUCUGCUGGGCUUCGUCGACCCCUGGCGGGGCAUCAUCGUCUGCGACGUGCUCGGCCGCAAACCUGCACGCUACCUGCAGCUCCCCACGCCUCUCAUCAGACUCGACAAGUUCCGUGACGAGCCUUUGCUUGAGAGGGACAUUGCCUUCGUUGAAGGUCGACUCACCGUUGUUGAGCUGACGAGACCUGCUGUCCAACAAGGCAGCAUCUGUAAUUCCCGGAGCAGGCAGAUUUCCUCAUGGAGUAGGGCUGUGAGUGAUCAAUGGGAGGAGGAUUGGCGGAUGGACUACGUGAUCCAGUCUCCUGAUAUCUCAGUUGACAACACUGGCAGUGUAGAUCACUCGCUGCUGAACCUGCCGGACGGCAAUGAUCGGCAGCCAAGCCUGGGGAAGCUCUACAUAGACCAUCGUACAUUGAGCUUGAGCGACAGUCGCAUUGUUUACAUCAUGGGUCAGGUCAACCCCCGGGACAAAAAGGCACUAGUAUUGGCCAUUGACAUGAGUAUCUCGAAGCUACAGGGAGUAGCCAUGUUUGACGCAGAAAGGAUGAUUGGCUUUACUUACACGCAAUCUAGGAUCUCCAAAUAUUUCAACGCGGCUCCAGGUGAUCCCUCAUUUCCUUUAUUUACCAGCACUUGAGGUUGAAUUAGUACAAACCCCUAGAUAAAUUUGCCAGCAAACUGAUAAAUACGCGUGGUUCUUUCUGCCGAUAUAUAUAUAUAU